AUGGAAGGCUAUCAAGUACUUCUUAGAUACUAUGUCUUCGUAAUAGGGAUCUUUACUACACUUCCAAGUGUUUCUAGAGGUAACACUCUAACCUGAGUUCAAGCAGUCUAUAUUUUCAGUAGUCUGGCUCCUUUGGAAAAUAUUAAUUUUUUUCGGUAUAUUCCUAAAGCUACCAUUUUUUCCUUUGUCUUUUGAACAGCUUUCAGCCAAGGUUCCAUUAACAACUUUGUCUAUGUCAACUUCAUGAUAAGUGAAUUUUCCUACCUCAAUAUCACAAGUAUGGGGCGGAAUCUUAUUCAAGAAGAAAACGAUUGUGGCUACGCCUGUCUAGAAAUUCCGUCAUGUUUUUCCUACAACGUGGCUGCUUUCCCUGAUGUCAACGGCAAACUUCUGUGUGAACUCCUCCCAUCGGACAAAUAUAACAACUCGGAUACGUUCAACGCCAGCAAAGAGUUUCAUCAUUUUUAUAUUCCGGUGAGUCAAACUACUUAUUUAUCACAACUUUUUCAUUGGAAGGAUAAUAAAUAACCCUCUCAUUUGUCUCCCUAGUUAUUAGUUUCGGAAGUUAGCAUUUGUAAAUAAGACACGUAUCUCUUUGCUUGGAGAAUCAGUCUCCAAUGCACUGAUCGAACUGUGCUUCAAAUGCAAAAGAAAACAAGUUUGCUAGCGAAUUUGCCUUUAAGCCAUGAAAAAGGGGAGGCGGGGGGUGGAAAAAAAAAACACCAAGAGCGUUUUCCAGUAGUAAUACGCCUGCCUAUUUCUAAUGAAACAAUCUCUGACAUACUUUGUGAAAUUAAAAUCGCUAUUACCUUCGAAUGUCAGGCCGGGCAAAAAUUCAAAUAAAUCUUCCAAACAAAAUAUUUGCCUUGAAAAUCACUCAAAGUUCAACACAUCUUAUUGUUUUAGCUUUCGGCGCCAUUAACUUGCAUUGAUACACCUGUCUUAUCGUAAUCUGCCGGAUAUACUAUCCCUUAUUUCUCUCACAAAACUUGUCCAAAUUAUUUUCGAUUGUGGAGCAAAAUUGUCAUCAUCAGCACAAGGUCUUGAAAUUCGGUGACAUGGCCACAAAUUUAGUUCAUAAAACAGAAUUCAGUUCUAAAACCUCUAACGAAUGGCUGGACUGGCCACAUCUGAGCCCUGUUUUAAAAUAUAUUGUACGCUGUUGUCGGUUCUUAAUAAUUAAUAAAAUGACAUCACUGAAAAUAGGAAACAAACUAAAAGGGAAAGAAGGAACUAAAAUUCAAGCGAACUUGUAUUUCAUAACUUAAUACAAUAGGAUGAAGGGUCGAAGUUGUUAACCUCUUCUAAUGAAGACAAGAAAACUGCUCGACUAGUUUUCUUUACUUAAAGUGAACUAAGACCAGGUUAAUUUAAUUCCAUUAUCACAGUGUGUCUCUUGUCCUGCUUAUAGUUGAUAUAUUACCAUUACAGCAACACAAAUAAGCUACUGGAAUACACACUUAAUACAGCAAAUUCGUAUUUAUGCCGGCUUGUUGAAGCAAUGCAAAUAAAAUAACCUGUGAGACUAAGGGGACUUAUUCGCUCUAUAGUGUUUGCAUUUCCUGUUUGAUAUUGCCAUAGGAACGCACAUUUAAAGCUAGAAUUUCCACCUGUAAUUAUCAAACCCAUCGUAUUUUGUUCUUUCUGAACAGUUUUCGUGACUGCGCUACAAAUCAGUAUUACCAAUUCCCGAUGUGUUCUUUUUUGUUUUUUGUUUUUUGUUUUUUGUUUUUUUUCAAGCCUUUUUAAAGCUUCCCUGCCAGCAGAGGCCACUUUUCAAGAUAUUCGGCGGGCGGAAGGAAAAGCCGGCUUGCCGUCAAUACCCCUUUAUUGUUUUAGCCUUCCGCCAUUAACUUGAUACACCUGUUUUAUCGAUCGUAAUAUGCCGAAUAGACUAUCUCCCAUUUUUCUUACAAUAAUUGUCCAACUUAUUUUUGGAUUGUUGACCAAAACUGUCAUCAGCACAACGUACGUUUUUAAAUUCGCUGGCAUGGCCACAAACUUUAAGUUCACAAGACAGUGUUGAGUUCAGUUCCAAAACCUCUAACAUUUAAGGCUAGAAUUUCCACCUUUAAUUAUCAAACCGUUCGUAUUUUGUUCUUUGUGAACUGUUUUUGUGACUGCGCUGCAAAUCAGUUUUAUCAAUUCCCGAUUUUUUUUUUUCCUUUUAAGCCCUUUUAAAGCUUCUCUUCCAACAAAGGCCUCUUUGCAAGAUAUUCGGCGGGCGGAAGGAAAUCCCCACGAAUACCAUGAAAAGAGGCAUAUUUCUACUGGCGGUGGCAGUGCUAUAAUCUUUCGUAACAGCACGAAAAAGUCUGCUAAAAGCAUCACGCCGCAUUAUUAUUGAGAAAGUAAUACGAAUAAGUGGGUCAAAUCUAAACUAGUAAUAGUUGUCACUACAGCUAGCUGCUCCCGCUCUAUAUGUUGUUGGUCAAUAGUUUUCUUGGUCAUUGUGUAGCUCUUUGAAAAAUACCGACUCUUAAUGAAGAUUCUCUCAUAUAUUCCAUACAAUAAGCGAGAUAAAAACGGGAAACCAAGGUUCCAUGCACUGAUUCAGUUCGAUUCACACAGCUUUGAACAAAACAUUCUCAGUUUCGAGAAUAUUUUAUGUUAAACCGUAAAAAAGAAAAAAGAAUUAAAAUUGGAAUUUUUCGCUAUUUCUCUUUCACCUCCCGCGUUCUAAUCAUUUUAUUCUUGUUGUUGUUAACUAUCAAAACAAUAAAAAAAAGUCUAGUCAGUUAGAAUUGAGCCUCGCCAAAAUUUUUUCUAUUCAAUCGUUAUUAUUAGUCAGUUGGUCUUUAAGCAUCUGCGCAUUAAAGGAUGUUAAGUGUAAUUAUGGCAUUCACUAUAUAUAAUUACACGAGCUUAUUACAUGGAAGAAGGUGUCCUUAAAACACUGACAUAUACCAUAUUCACAACAAAACUGAAACGAACACUGGAUCUCUGCCGGUACGAUAGCUCGCCUUUCUCUGGACACUACUUCAGGCGAGGGGGUGCCUCAUUUGCCUUGCAUUGCGGCGUGCCUAGCGAUUAUAUUAAGCUACAAGGUGACUGGAAAUCGACUGCAUAUGAGUGUUACUUAGACCAUUCACUACGCUACAACUUAGAGGCUGUCCAACAGAUGAGCCAGGGCAUCACUCACUAACUCCCCUUUUUUCUCGGUUUGGAGGGUAUCGCGCGAUGGUCUAGGCAAUAGAGACCCAGAGAACCCCAAAGGGAGUUGUUGUGUAUUUAGUGAGUGACAAACCUGUUUAUCAGGAUUAAAGACAUGUGGUGGAAGUUCAGCGCCAAGCCCAUGCAAACUGCUGCCACGUGUGAGUCAUUAUGCGAUUCUGGCCAGCUGAUGCGUUGAACACGAUUGUAAGCUUUUCUUGUCCCAUCCCUCCCUCCCUGAGGGUAUCGCGCGUGGUCUAGGCAAUGAAGACCCAGAGAACCCCAAAAAGAGUUGUUGUGUAUUUAACGAGCUUAUUACAUGCCAACCGAAGAUAAUUUUAGCUUUUUUUUUUAGCUUGUAACUGCGCUGAAUAUGCAAUUCAAUUUUCAUAUCAUCAGCGAUCACUGUAGCUGUCGAGCAAAGUAGAAUCCUGACGAAUUUUUGCAAGUGCUCACCGCUGAAUAAAUAUGUUUUAUUUAUUUAUGUAUUUAUUCAUUCAUUUUUUUUUUUUUAUUCAUCAGUCCUUUCGCUUAGACACAGAUAUGACUGAUAACAUUUUUGCUACCUAAAAAGUAAAUUAAGUCCGGAAGAUAAGUCGAUAUUUUGUGGGCGUUUUCACUAAAUAAAACAAUUGUUCCACUCGCACUUGCUCCGUCUGAGAUGAUUACUGAGCCAGCCCAUAUCCAAAUGACCGGCAGGUGGAAUAAUUGUGUUAAGAAGGAAUCCAUCAGGAAAUUGAGUAAUUUUUAUUUUCAGUGGUCAAAAACCUUGUACCAGAAUAAUUUAAACAAUAUCGCAUUCUGUUUUUACAUUUUUAAAGGGCUAAAGAUGAAAUUAGUUAGACGUGUAAUAACACCAAAGAAAAUUUCUUAUGAUAGGACGAGAAAAUAAAUGUCAAAUUUCAUAAAAUAGCAUCUUACACAUGACAUUUUCAGAGUUUUACCUUUGUUUUCACAAUUUUUGUGAAAAUUUGACAUUUAUUUAUCGGGCUCCCAUAAAAAUAGUAUUUGUUGUUAUUACAGUUAACUAACUUGUAUAUAAAUAGCCCUUGAAAAAUGUAAAAAAGAAAGCGAUUUUGUUUAAAUUAUUCUGGUACCAGGUUUUUUUGUCCACUAAAAAUUGAAAUUACUCUAUUUCCAGAUGGAUUCCUUCUUAAUGCUACAUGUAACUAAAACUUGGGGCUCAACUUGGUCGACGAAAGUCAAUAACUGAAUUUGCCGUAAAUUCAGCACCUGUCUAAUAUGGAUAAAUGUUAUGCGUCACGUUACUGGAUAUUUUGACUUUGACAUAAAAUCAUGGUCUUUACUUACAGCCGUAUCCUUUCCUUUGUGUAGUCUCCUUGUGACAGUUCGCCCUGUAAGAACACUGGAAAAUGCAUUUCGUUGUACCAGGAAAAUGGAUAUAAGUGUAUCUGCGUGGAAGGAUUCACCGGAAAAGACUGCGAAACGAGUAAGAAAUACUGAGUUUAAACAAUGUUGCCACUUACUGUAAUACAAUCACAGGUGAGACACUAAUUAACGCACUUUGCAAGUGGGAACGGUUAUCAGCAUAAAGCUUUUGUACUGAUUUUUGCGUUCGAGGUACGAGAACGCAACCCCUAAUUUGUGUUGGGUGAUCUGUGCAUUAUUGGGUGACCUGUGCAAUUAAUAAGGGUUUUUUUUUGAGAUUUCAUUUUCGUUCGUCGUCGUCGACACACAUUUGCCUCGCUUUGAGGCGCGUGCUUAAGUUUUGCCUCACUUUGACGCGCUAACUCAUGUGGUGAUUCUUGUGUCCUCCGCGUUCAUCUUUCAAAGGUUUGCUAAGGUCUGAUAUUCUUCGUAAAGCGUUCAUCUUUUAAAAAGUUUGCUGAAUCUUCGUAAAGCGUACAUCGAUCUGUGAUUGCUGAAUCGUCCAAAGCGUUCAUCUUUCAGGAGUUUGCUGUUAAAUUUUACUUUGGAUUAAGCCUUCAUAUUUUUCAGCAUGGUUCGUCACUGUCUUUGGAAAAUGUCUGCGACUACUGGUGCAUGCAUCAAACCGGGUUUAGUUCGGCGGCCGUUAUGCCACAAAGUAAAUUUACCGAGUUGUGUAGCUCGGCGGCCGUUUUGUCACAAAGUAAAUUUACGAGUUGUGUAGCUUUGGCAGCCAUUGUGCCACAAAGUAAAUCUACCGAGAUGUGAAGCUCGGCGGCGCCAUUUGACCAUAACUUGUGAUAUUUUGGGCACCGGACAAACGAACACUUUAACCCUAUGUUAUUUAUUAGGAAAAACUUAUAAAUCAGCCCACAGUAGCGCCACUCUCGAGUCACUGAAAUCAACACGCUCGACCAAAUUACUGGACAAGUUAUUGACGUGAGCCGCACACACGUUCCGUUGAAGGCUUUGAUAGGGUUAGUGCGAAGUUUGAAUUCAGAUGUGAGUGCUUUUAAACCAGUAAAUUCAAUGCAAUUCAUUUUGUCAACUAGUUGAUGAUUGGAUGCUGUUAAAAAUAACAGAGAACAUUAUCCGAAGAAAUGUUCUUGAAGAAAGAAAAAGAAUUCCGGGUUAAGAACUAAUCGGCCUUUGAGAAACUGCGCCCUCUAACUCGCGCCAGUAAAACAAAAUGUUCCAUCUACACGUCCGACGCUCAGGGGCACCCAACGAGGAUAUAGUUCAAAACCACUUAACACAGCAUUGUUGAACGUUUUUUGCUGAUUCAAACGGUAGACAUAGGCAUAUUUUUAUCUCCUAAAAACUUUUCAUCUGUUCGGAUUUCCUAGCUGAAAGUCUAAUGACCCGAAAAUUAUAGGGAUCAAAAUUUACCUUUUCGAAAAUUUCAGCCAGGAAAAGGCCCCCGAAAAUUCUAGGCGGCCUUUUUUAGGGUCAAAAUCCGUCAAAAAUGGGUAAUUAUACCAUUUUGUAGAUGUUCGAAAAUCCUAGGAGAGGCAGGCAAGCAAGAAAUUUUACAACAAAUGCUCCGAAAAUUCUAGAUCUCAAAUCGUCUUCCGAACAGAUAUUUUCGCGAAAAUUGCCGUUGGGUGCCCCUGGACGCUGGCCAAUGUCUCCUCCGAUUUAAAGCACUUGACACCGAACCUGAUACGAUAUCUUUUGAAAACAUUCUUAAAAUGAUACACAGUUUAAAUAGAGGUUUCGCUGUACGCAACCCUUACGUUCAAAAUAUGCCAUAAUCAUAUUUAUCUACAUCGCAAUCACCCUUCCGCCUCAACAAACAUAUCGAACGCACUCUCCUAAGCUCCGAUUACUCCUAGUAGGUAUUAUAUUAUUGACCUUUGCUUCUUUGAGCUCACUAAAAUAAAAAAAAAUCUAACUGAGAAGAUUUUGAAAUCUACCUUGAAAGAAAUGUCGACCAAUAAGUAUCACACUGAACUUUUACUUCACGUUACCUGACCACAAAUUUCAAUUUCCCUGCUUGAUCGAUAAAGUGACUUAUUUACAGACAGGCCUUCUCCAUCAACCUCUAGAACAACGAUUACAUUUAUUAGUUGGGUGUUUUGACUCUUGCUGAAGUCUAAUGUACCUUGGCUGAAAGGUACAUAAUUAUCAUUUAUGUUUUUUUACACAACAUAUAUAUAUAUAUAUAUAUAUAUAUAUAUGUUUGAUUCUCUCUCCUGCAGAUAUAAAUGACUGUGUCAAUAUUACUUGUUUGAACAACGGAACUUGCAUCGACCAAAUCAAUGGCUUCAACUGCAGUUGCCCUCCAGGAUUUGCCGGCAACCGAUGCGAAAUUGGUUAGUUACUAGUUGCUGCUAUUUGCAUUGCAUUUCCGCCAAAAUGCAACAUGCUAUGUAUCCCGUUUAAACACCUAAUGUUGGACACUGUUGAAUACUAAUAACUAAAAAAAUAUGGAUCAAUUUUAAAUCCGAUCCUACAUGGAUCCUACAUCAUCGACAUCAUCCGACAGUGAUAAUGUCAAAUGAUGUUAUACCAACAUACGUUUUUAUCGGGAGGCUCUAGUGUCCGCUGGAUAAUUGUAUGUUAAUUUUGCAAUUUUAUUGACCUCGAAUUCCUCUCGGUCCAUGAAAAUGCCGAAAAAAAAAAGACGGCCAAUAAUAACGCAUUUAUCUUAGUCGUUAUUUUUUUAUUAUAUUUCCUUUAGAUAUAAACGAAUGUGAGAGCGGUCCCUGUUUAAACAACGGAACAUGCACUGACCGAGGCAACGAAUUCAACUGCAAUUGUCCACCAGGAUUUUCGGGCAAUCGAUGUGAAAUUGGUGAGCUGUGUGUUUAGCUGUUAUUUUCAUUGUUUAUCGGCUUGAAAAUCUAUACACUGACUGACGGUGUUGGUCCUGCAUGUUCAAUUGUUGUUGUUUUUAUAUGAAGAAGACAUUUAUUGGCAUUUAUAGCUUUCUUUCGCAAGUUUCAAUUCGUUGAAGUCAGUAUGCAGUAAAGAACCCUCCGUAAAAGUGGUUUCUUGUUUCUUUCUUUUUGUUGUUGUUGUUUGCAAUUUAUAUUUGUGAUUAUUGUUUCCUUCAGAUAUAAACGAGUGUGAGGGCAGACCCUGUUUAAACAACGGAACUUGCACUGACCGAAUCAAUGCAUUCAACUGCAGUUGCUCGCCUGGAUUUUCUGGCAAUCGAUGUGAAAUUGGUUAGUGUUAAGCUAAUUACCCCAUAAUGACCUCAUAAGGUUAAGACGUGCUUAAAUAUCAACGCCUAUCCAGCCAGAUGGAAAUCCAGGACUGGACCCUGGACUGGAAUGGACCCUGGACUGGACUGGACUGGAUAAGAAGAAUAAAAGCAUUUUUAAAAUUCCUACUCUGUGUUGCAACAAAAGCCCCAUGGGGCGGCUGGUACGUGCAAGAAACAGGGUCUAUCUUUUCGUCGAGGGUCGAAUUUCUUGCCGACCAUCUGAUCGCUGUCCGUGAAUAAAAGCUACCCUUUUCGAGCACAAUAGGAAAUAAUCGCUGAAGCCGUUGUGAAAGAUAGUUUUUUUGCUGCAGACACUUCUUAUUUCUGUUUGAAAUGCACAUUAGGGAUAAAGAUGUGUACAAAAUUAGUUUCGCCACAUGACUUCCUAUUUAAUAUCCCGCUGUCGCCAUCAACUGCGCCGAUAAGUGUUUGCUGUGCUUUCCUCUCGUGUUUCAGGGUGUUUCCGAUUUCUGCAGUGAUAUAAUUUCAGGUUUUGCUGCAGAACGUUGUUAAUUGAUAGCCUGAGUAUCAGGCCUUCCUAAGGGGCUAGGGUAGAGGAGAUUUUAGAUGGGGGAGGGGGAGGGGGAGAAGAGAAAGGAAGGCCUGACACAAAACCAUUCAGCAAAUCGUGUGACUCACUGGAUGUGGAAGUGAUUGGAUAACACACAAUACCCCCUGACGUCACCGACCGCAAGUAAAUACGAGCACAGCGAUCGGCAAGGAGAAACCAUUGAAAUUUUUCAUAGAUGUUUUGAUUUCAUACGGACGGAGAGAGGAAUUCACAAAGGCUCUAGAGGGCGCUUUCAAGUUCUUUCCUGGAAUAAAAAUAAAACCCGAGCAAGAAUUGUGUUUUCAAAGCCUCGUAGUUAAAAGGAAAGAUGUUCUCGGAGUAUGGAGAAGCCUCAUAUACCAGCUUCUACCGAAACUAUGUCGGAGUAUUGGUUUCACAAGACGAGGAGAAAGAAGGCAAUAUCAGUGCUUCAGAUAUCUAUAAAGUUCUGAUUUACAACCAUCCUGCCGUUAAAAGGGUAUUGUUACUGUAAAUAAAAUUAGAGCGAGGUAGCCAUGUAUUGAGAAUAGCCCACAGCACCAAGGCUUUAGCGUGACUUUGCUUGUGCCGGUUACGAUAGCGUCCAUAGCGUACGUGAUUGGAAUUUGUUCGCAUACUCUUCCAAAAUAUUUUUCGCUUUUGAAAUGUCUUAAGCUCAAGCGGGCGUCAUCGUAUUUCGCUUUCCCUCAAACGAUUCUCGGCCUGAUCUACAUCAGCUUUUUAGCUGCCAGACUCUCAGGAACCUGCUUAUUAAUGAGCGCCUGUUGUAACUCUUUAAACAAAAGCAAUUUACAAUUUUCCGGGUGCACGUUUAUUUACAAAUGGAGCGUUGGUGAUCUUACACUAGCACAAUUCCUAAAACAUGUUAUAAUUCCUCAAAAACGGCAGAUUUUCCAUUACAAGCAUUCGAAAACUCCUCAUUGGAGGUUUCAGAAAAAAGCGAAAUCGUAGCAACACAAGACACACAAGCACUGGAGGUCGGUCUGACCGUCAACCUCGUUCCCAGGGUUCUCUCCUACCCGCCCUACGGAGCAAGAGAGAGAGAGACCCGGGUCUCUCUCUCGCUCCGUAGGACGGGUAGGAGAGAACCCUGGGAACGAGGUUGUCUGACCGUAAGGUGAGAUUUAUUUUAGGCGAGCGUUUUGACACGUGAAGCUGACAACCCAAUGACCGAAAGUGAUUUUGAUUGGAUGGUAUCGAAUCAUGCUGUGUGGGGGUGGAGGGCUUCAUUAAAAGCAUCUGUGUCAGGCGUUUCUCUCCUUCAGCUAUCUCCCUUUUUCGCUUUCACCUUUCCCCUUUUCCCCCAGAAACGCCUGAUUCUCAGGUUAUUAAUUGAAGGAGUUUAUUUUUGCGGGGCGACUCGGGCGAUAGCAUCAACCAUCUAAUAUCACUCUUCGCACCUACGUACCUAUUGUAGGUCACGAUUUCCGGUGUCGGUGAUUAUCGAUGACUUGUCUUUUAGAAUAUUCAUGGUGCGUUUCUGCUUCAUUGAAAGCAGGACAAUUGGGUCGCAUACAGUGGGAUAGCUUAAAAAACAAGAAUCCGUGAAAUAUACAUAUUCAAACUACUGCACUGAAUAGCCAUGCAAGGAAGAGAAGAGGCAGACGUGACUGAAAUAUAAGCCUAAGGUCUAUGAUAUUUUUUUAGGCACGACCUGUCUACCUUCACAGGGACGGAAAAGGUUCUUUCCUUUUCGACCCUUAGCCUGAGUAUUAGGCCUUCCUACGGGGUUAGGGGAGAGGAGAUUUUAGAUGCACCUCUCUUCCUUUUUCGCUUCCAUUUUUUCCCUUUUCCCCAGAAACGCCUGAUACUCAGGCUAUUCGACCCUCGACAAAAGGAUCGACUACAAGAAACCUGUCAUGUUUUUGUUAUUACGUAACAUCCACUCCUGCUAUUUUCUUCAACUUUCAAGUGAAACGUGACGGCCUUGAGUCAAACAGAGCGACCAAUCUAAGCCCCCCACCCAGACUAAAAAUGACAGACAUAAAACAAAACCAACAAACAACAGAGAAGAGUAAAGAAGUCUAUAUAAUACUUCCCCCCUUCCCCCCCCAAAGGAAAAAAUAUAGCCUGUUGGGGAAAGGUUGAAAACGUGAUUUUUUUACAGACAGGAAAAAAUAAUACAACCCCCCCCCCCCCCCAACCUCCAAAAAAAUUACCGCCCUAAAAAAAAACAGUCCAGUCCAGAUUUUACAUCUGGCCAUCGGAAACUGCGUUAACUGCACAGGUAAAAUAAGGAAGCGAAAACCCUCAGCUGAUAGCACUUAAUCACCUGAUAGGAAAGCACUUCUAUUCAAUAAAUAUUUUCGAGUUCCAUUAAGGUGUAUGUUACAUCGUUAGGGGUUUCUUUAAAUAGUUCCAACAUCAUAGCAUCUGAUAGGCCGCUUGUGAACAGGCCCACUUGUCCGCGUUUGGGGUCACGGUAUAUAUUAAUGUGGCAGUGCCGUCAGCAGGAGCCGGCGAAACCAGCAAUAAGAAUAAAGCGAUUCUCCAAUUCCAUAUUUAAUGUCAAAAAAAUAUUUACAUAUUUGGUAACUAUCAUUUGCUGGAUUAACGGGUUUUGUUGUCGCUUUUUUCCCUCUCUUUCGUGACUAUAUUUUGCUAUCUGCCGCAAAAAAUCUCCUCAUGCAACAUUCUGUCCGCAAAAGUGAGCCUGCUCGCAGACCAGUUUAUCGUUUGUCUCGCGAUAGUCGUUACGGCUUAGUUAUUCAUUAAGGACGUUUAAAACUGUGUACUUCUGGUCUUCAUUAGGCAAUUGUGUCGGGUAAUAAUGUGGGUGGCCUAAUAGUUCCCCCGUAGUUGCUAGUCAUUGGAUAUGGUUGGUGGGUUUUCCACCAACAGUGCGGUCCGCAGUGGUACUAAUCUGCAACUGUGUGGUCGAUGUCUGAAUGUGGUUACCCACGCUUCUGGAAUCUCAGUUCAGGGAGUGUGAAAAUAAGACGAUAUCGUUCAUUUUUUUGGCAUGUGUCUGAUAAGCCUGCAUUACUAGGAAAACUGCGUAUGGACUAGACUUAAAUGUCACACGUCUACAGCCCCUAAUCCGUGGGGGCGCGUCUCUCUCCCCAGCGCCCUUCACGGGUUAGGGGGUGGAGACGAAUGACAUUUCAGUCUACCUAUGGACAUUUACGUUCAUCCGGGGAUUAAUAAAGGAGGUAUACACAGAAAACACAUUUUCCUUUCCUGGGUAGGUAGGGAAGGACAUAACGAUCAAACUCUUACUUUUUCCAUGAAGUGGUGUGUCGUCUGGCUUAGCCACUUAACUUAUUGUGGCACGCAAUCAAUUAAGGAAAACGGUAAUCAUCAAAUUGAUUUUCUAGGAAAGAUUUUAACAGACGAUUGAAGGAAUCAUUCAGUAAAAAUUAUAUCCUUUUCUACUUGGGACGUUGUAAACCAAAAUAUGUUAGCCAGCCUAUCUACAGAGCUUGGUUCUAUCCAGAAGAUUGAAUGCCUGCGAUUGCGAUCGUCACAAUUGUUCGGAUAAUUCUGUAUCGCCUCACGGAUAUAUUUCCAUAUGAUCGUCUAAACAUAUAUAGAGACCACCCAGACCAUUGUUAAAAAAACAAGUUUAAUCAUUGCAGACAAUGUGCAGCAGAGAGUGCGCACGUCCCAAGCUAACAAAAGGAAUGAGGACCUCGAAAACUAUAUCGUUUCAAACUUCUCAAGUGGACAUCGCAAACGCGAAAAAAGUUCGUGCAGACAGAAACUUUUUGGCCCAUAUCUGCUAGAUUUGUCAAUACAAACAGCUCUACACUUCAUUAAAGCACCAGGGUUUCCUAAAGUGCACUUUAGCCACCUGUAAUCAAACGCAAAAAAACACAGGAACAGUCAUGUCUUUGCCUAUUAGAAUCUCUUGAAAUCUCUCUUGAAAUCUCUUUUUCUAGUCAAACUGUUUCAACGAGUCAAACGUCUAAGCUCCUUACAAAGACAUCUUCUAAAUUUUCUUAAAAACCGUGUUUCGAGUAGCUUUUCUCUUUUUUAUACGUGUGGUGAAUUCUUAACGAAGUCUUUGAAAAUAACCCAUUUAAUUUGUUACUAAUAAUGGGAAAGACUUUUCCAUGGACAUGGUUAGUAGAACCUCGUUUAUGAUCCUCUUUUACCAUUCAUUGAAUUAUUCUGUGUAAGGCAAUCCAUGUUUCAGUUUAUUUGUUGUUACAAGGUCAACUUAUCUUGAACUUGCUUUGAGGCGUGUCCUUCUAAAUAAAUCAAUGCAUUCUAUUUACUAUUUUGCAGACAUCAACGAGUGCGAGAUAGAAACGCAUAUCUGCAGCUCCAAUGCUUUCUGUAACAACACUAAAGGCUCUUACAUUUGUACAUGCGAACCAGGAUAUAUCGGAAACGGCGUUAACUGCACAGGUAAAAUAAGGAAGCGAAAACCCUCAGCUGAUAGCACUGAAUAACCUGACAGGAAAGUAUUUCUGUUCAAUAAAUAUUUUCGAUUGCCAUUAAGGUGUAUGUUACAUCUUUAGGGGUUUCUUUAAAUAGCAUCUGACAGGCCGCUUGUGAACAGGCUCACUUGUCCUCAGAGCCUGGAACAGGCUAGUCCGAGUUUGGGUUUACGGUAUACAGAGACAUGAACCUGUAUUAAGCGGACGGUAGCCGAAGUCCCCAAAUUUAUUUCCCGUCUAUUUUUCUUAAUGGAACCUUUAUAAAGCGGAAGCCUCUAUAUAUUAAGCGGACGCGGACACCUAAAAAGUACUUUUUAUUGUUGCCAACCUGUAUUAAGACAUAGGAAAGGCGAGAGAUUGCCUCGAAUUGCCAACUACAAAUUUUUCGAUUUAUGCUUUUUAAAGAAAACGUGACUUGACGAACUUAUUUGAUUAGUUGCACGGUACGGUAUUGUUUUCUAUUUCGUUUUGUUUCUUGAGAGCUUGUUUCACUCAAUGAUUUCCUCAAAUUUGAGUUGCAAUCUAUUUUUAUGGUACUAUGAUCAAUUGGUUCACUUUGAUAAAGAAAUUAAUGCAAGUACUUAUAUCGUCAUAGUUUCUAGGAGUAUUCUAAACGUUUCCACUGUUCAUCUGAAUGGCAUUUGGCACCUCAUAUGACAUUACCUAUCGAAACCUGUAUUAGGCGGACACCCUGUAUUAAGCGGACUAUAGCAUUCCCCGAGGGUGUCCGCUUAAUAGAGGUUUCACGGUAUAUUAAUGCGGUGCCGUCAACGGGAGCCGACGAAAAUGGCGAUAAGAAUAGAGCGAUUCUUCAAUUCCAUAUUUAACGUCAAAAAAAUAUUUGCAUAUUCGGCAACUAUCAUUUGCUGGAUUUGCGGGUUUUGUUGCCGCUUUUUUCCGUCUCUUCCAUAACUAUAUUUUUCUAUGUGCCGCAAAAAUCUCCUCGUGCAACAUUCUGUCAUUUUUGUUCACAUCUUUCUUUAUUCCUAUUAGAUGGUACUUGAAACCUCUUAAGGGACGAAUUUAAAAAAAGAAAAACUUAGCUCGUCUGCAGGCUCGCUUUUUCUCGUCCCAUUCUUCUUGCCAGCUAGGGCUAGUGGCUCCACCGCCAAAACAACUUGAAACUCGCACAAGUGAGCCUGCUCGCAGACCAGUUUAUCGUUUAUCUCGCGAUAGUCGUUACUUAUAGUUAUUCAUUCACGACUUUUCAAACUGCGUACUUCUGGUCUUCAUUAGGCAAUUGUGUCGAGUAAUUGUGUGGGUGGGCUAAUUAUUCCCCCGUAGUUGCUAGUCAUUAGCAUUAUCUGGCAUUACGAGCUUCAUUUAUGGUUGGUGGUUUUUCCAACAACCAUGCGGUCCGCAGUGAUAAUAAUCUGCAGCUGUGUAGUCGAUGUCUGAAUGUGGUUACCCACGCUUCUGGAAUGUCAAUUUAGGGAGUGUGCAGACGAUAUCGUUUAUUUUAUUUUAUUUUAUUUUUUGUAUGCGCCUAAUAAGCCUGCAUUACCAGGAAAACUGCGUAUGGCCUAGUCUGAAAUGUCACACGACUAGGCUCCACCCCUUAAUCCGUGGGAGGCGUGUCUCUCUCCCCCGCGCCCUUCACCGGUUACAGGGUGGAGAUGAAAGACAUUUCAGACUACCUAUGGAUAUUUACGUUCAUCCGGGGAUUAUUAAAGGAGGUAUACAGAGAAAUCACAUUUCCCUUUUAUGGGUAGGUAAGGAAGAAUAGAACGUACAAACCCUUAGUUUUUCCAUGAAGUGGUGUGUCGUCUGGCUUAGCCACUUAACUUAUUGUGGCACGCAAUCAAAGAAAACGGUAAUCAUCAAAAUGAUUUUCUACGAAAGAUUUCAACAGACUAUUGAAGGAAUCAUUCAGUAAAAAUUAGAUUCUUCUAAAUGCAUUUUAUUUACUAUUUUGCAGACAUACACGAGUGUGACACAGGAAAGCAUCAGUGCGACUCGCAUGCUUUCUGUAACAACACUAAAGGCUCUUACAAUUGUACAUGCAAACCAGGAUAUUUUGGAAAUGGCUUUAAUUGCACAGGUAAUAUUGUAAAAAAAACCCUGAUAGCACAAACCUUAACCUUAUAUAAAAACAUUUUUAUUCAUCCAUUUUUUUUUUUAGUAGACGCUAAAGUGUUUGUUAAAUCUUCAGGCCUGUAGCCAGGUUUUGUUACUGUACGGCAAGGGAAAGGGGGUGCGAUCCAAGGAGAAGACGGACAAAACGUGGCUGGAGGCGCAAGUCUCUAGGGCGAAAAAGGGUUGUCUGAGACUGCUUUUCGAGCGUUUUGAUAAAAAUGGAUAUGUUGUCGAAUUUUAUAACUUCAAAAGUGAUUUUUUUUGGCAAAGAGACUCACUACUUUAUUUUACGAUUUUACAAGGACAAUGUCAGUGUCACUAUUGAAAAUUACAAAUUACAAAUUAGAAAGAAAUUUUUGCAUCAGUAUUAUUCACUAGGUUUGAUUUUUCAAUAGUGCAAAAAGUUCAAGCCUACUUGGAUGCUUCUUAGCAAACAGAUCAACGACUUCUUCCAGAUCAAUGUCUAUUACCUAGUGGAUGUGCAUAUAAACAGCCGGAGAGGAGAGCCUCUACUGUGCCGCGAAUAUUACUUAGUUUUAGCCACAGCCGGCAAACAGCUGAUAUUUUAAGCUAUCCUCAAAGACAAAGGACUUCAAAUUCUUUCUUAUACUUUACGAACGCGAAAACACGUUUGAUGGAAUGCGUCAGUCAGGCUUUGUCAACUCUUUCACAGUAUUUUCAAGUUUACAACACAGUCAGUAACUUAGUGGAGAGGAAAGAACAAUACCGGAACAAUACUGUAGACUCACUUUGUUUUAAAUCGGCUGGCUAAAUAUAAAGUGGACCUCUAGAGCCUGUGGGGGGGACUGCACCCGUCGCCCCCCUCCCCUCCCUACGGGCCUGAUGUAGGGUCCUUUCAGUUCUAACAUGAAAUGGCUUGUGUUAGCCUGUUAGCAGGCAAACUUGUGCGAGUUUGCCGGGUUUAUUAUUGCUCAAACCGGCGAAGCCGAUGAAAAGAAUGGGGUGAUUCUCCAGGCCCAUACUUAACGUUUUAAGAACAUUUGCAUAUUCGGCAAACAAUCAUCAGCCCGAUGCGCAGUUUUCGUCACAGCUUUUCUGGGUGUUUAUUGGCCGGUUACGGAAACUAUUAUAGGUUGGCUGUAGCCUGAGUAUCAGGCCUUAUUCCUUAGGGGUUGGGGGAGAGGAGAUUUGAUGCUUUACGCGAACGAACAAGGACAUGAUAUCUGGGGAGGGGGGAAGGAGGCAAAAGGGAAUAAAGAAUCAUUAUAAAAAUAUGAGAAACCUAAAAUUGUCGCUUCUUUUAUGUCAUGCUAACUGCCACGUUAAUUUUUAAGUAAUUUAAAUUAUUCUUCAAUAGUAUUUUCAGAAUUUAUGAACUCGUCGAUUUUGAACAGCAGUGAUUACUAUUUUCGUCAUUUGGGCAAUUUUCUGGAGAAUGCGGUUGGGGACAAUUCUCACUGGUUGCUGUGCUGGCGAGCUACAUUGCAUGGCUGGAAUGUUAGUCAGUUUCACAGUCGCUGCGAUGGAAAGAACGACACUGUUACCAUCAUAAGGAAAGGCAAAUUCAUCUUUGGCGGAUACACGGAUAUUCCUUGGGGUAAAAAAAAGCUAAUUCCCUUAUUUUAACCUCUUUUUUACUACAAUGUUUACACUGUCGAUUUUGAUUUUGAUUUUGAUUUUGGUUUUGUUACAACAGCUUUACAAUUCUGAUCUACUUGCACUGCUUAUUAGAAUUUAAUUGUUUUUUGUAAGGUUGAAACGUCACUCUUGGUUUGUCACCUUGUAAUGAUGGUGAAGUGUUUUUGUGUAAUGAACCUAGUUACCUUAGCUUUGCCAGCGUGGGUCUUAACGUCAAUAGGUCUGGUCGCCUUUAUUUUUAAUUCAAACUGAAGACAAGAAAAAGAAUUUUUUUUCUUCCGCGAGCCAUGCUUAACUCAAGGUCUCGGCGAAUUCUACCCAUCCCCAGCAACUUUCGUCGAGGCUGCGAUCCAUCUGUGAUGACAGUAAGGUUUCCUUCAAGGGAAGUGAAGUUUCUUCCUUCGUUAGCGCGUGAGUUGUGACAGGUCUGUGAAUGGAAUCUGACAAACAUUGGACUGCACAGACUUGCGGAUCGUGUCAUUUCAGACUCAAAGAAGCUAAAUGUAGUGAUGCCGGUGAAUGCAUCAAAUUUUUAUUACGUCAGCUACCGACCCCUUUACAGUGUGUGUCAAGGAUGUGUCCCGCCUAAGAGAAUAUGCACAGCAAAACCAUUUGUUCUAGACAUCCUGUAUUAGAGUGGUGGGCCAACAAGAUUGUCCGUAAUAAAACGGAGUCCGCAUGUCCGUAUGUCCAGUAUCGAUCCAAUGGUUCUAAUUUACACGUAGAGCAGAAUCAGUUUAUUGCUAUUCUGAGAAAUCUCCAGUUAUUAAGUUUGGUAACCUCAUAAUUUAUCUCACCACUAAGAAAUAAUUGCGUUAAAAGUGAAAAACUUGCUAAAAGAACUUCAAUCCUUCGGUUGCUUCCCUGAUCAUUCAAUAGGGCUAUUGCCAGUUACCUUUACCUCAAUUGUAUUAAUAGAUAUUAGUUUAAAUAAGAAGGCAAAAGCAAAGUGAACUCUGGUGGCUAUUGAAAAAUGACGUAAUUUUUAAUCGUGAAAAUGGGCUAAUUAGCCUCCCCCGCAGACAUUCUUAGGCGUCAGGGGUCACGCGUUCCUUCCCCAAGAAUGUUUGCGGGGGAGGCUAUGGGCUAAUAUCGUCAGUAAUAAAAUUAAUUCAAACUUGAAAUUCAUUUUUUUUAUUGAAGCAAACGCGAAAGCAUAUAUGACAAUUUUCUUUGUUUUUUAUUAUUAUUAUUAUUAUUAUUAUUAUUAUUAUUUUAUUUAUUUAUUUUACGUACUUUUGGUUUCUUAGAAUCCAGUGGUGGCUAUAGCGCUACUUCCGAAGCGUUUAUUUUUUCGCUCAACAAUAAUGAAGGCUUGGCACCGUUUGUGAGCAAGGUGAAGAUAAGAUUCUCAGGAAGGGCAAUUUACAGGGGUUCAUAUUAUGGUCCACGUUUUGGCUCUGCUGUCGUCAUUAGAGGUAAUGUCGACAGUGACAGCUACUCAAUUGCAGGUUUGGACAAACGCUACUCUGUUCCACCUGCAGUAAAGCACCACGACACAGUCCUGGCCGGGACUUAUGCCUUCUCACCUGAUGAGGUAGAGGUAUUUUAUCUUGACCCAUCCCGCUACAUGCACUAA